GGGCGCCGGGGGGAUCUGCAGAGGGGCAGCGCGCGGCCUCGGGCGCGGCGCGGAGCCGAGCCGCAGGGCAGCGGCGGGAGCGCGGGGCGCCAGAUCCACUCCGCCCGGAAGCACUGGGGAAGUUCGCGCUGGCAGCAUGGGGCGGUGACGCCGCACCGGCCUUCCGCGCCUGCCAGCCGGGCGAGAGCAGGCGGCGGAGAAGGAGGAUGCACCCUCGCCGACGGCUCGCCUCCCAGGGCCGGCGCGCAGGGUGAGCCCCGGGCGCCGGACCCGGGCAGUGGGCAUCUUGCAGAACAAGGAGUAGCUUGCUGGCUUUGAACGCGUGGCAAAUAUUUCAGAAAGCUUCAAGAUCCACUUGGGGGAAAGGAACAGUUAAUUCUUCCAAAUUCAUCUGCUUCAGCUAUUAUUCUUAUUGGGAAUGGACAAUGGAAUGUUCUCUAGCUUUAUCAUGAUCAAAAACCUCCUUCUUUUUUGUAUUUCCAUGAACUUAUCCAGUCGCUUUGGCUUUUCACAAAUGCCAACCAGUUCUGUGAAAGAUGAGACCAAUGACAAUAUCACGAUAUUUACAAGAAUUCUGGAUGGGCUCUUGGAUGGCUAUGACAACAGACUACGGCCUGGGCUGGGAGAGCGGAUCACCCAGGUGAGGACUGACAUCUAUGUCACCAGCUUCGGCCCGGUGUCCGACACGGAAAUGGAAUAUACCAUAGAUGUGUUUUUCCGACAAAGCUGGAAAGAUGAAAGGCUUCGGUUUAAAGGGCCCAUGCAGCGCCUCCCACUCAACAAUCUUCUUGCCAGCAAAAUCUGGACCCCAGACACGUUCUUCCACAACGGGAAGAAGUCCAUUGCGCACAACAUGACCACGCCCAACAAGCUGCUGCGCCUGGAGGACGACGGCACGCUGCUCUACACGAUGCGCUUGACCAUUUCUGCCGAAUGUCCCAUGCAGCUUGAAGACUUCCCGAUGGAUGCACAUGCUUGCCCUCUGAAAUUCGGCAGCUAUGCAUACCCUAAUUCUGAAGUCGUCUAUGUCUGGACCAACGGCUCCACCAAGUCUGUUGUGGUGGCGGAGGAUGGCUCCAGACUGAACCAGUAUCACUUGAUGGGACAGACAGUGGGCACCGAGAAUAUCAGCACCAGCACAGGUGAAUACACAAUCAUGACAGCUCAUUUCCACCUGAAAAGGAAGAUCGGUUACUUUGUCAUCCAAACCUACCUUCCCUGCAUAAUGACAGUGAUCCUAUCUCAGGUGUCCUUCUGGCUGAACCGAGAAUCAGUACCUGCCAGGACAGUUUUUGGGGUCACCACAGUGCUGACCAUGACGACUCUCAGCAUCAGUGCUCGGAACUCUCUGCCCAAAGUGGCUUACGCCACUGCCAUGGACUGGUUCAUUGCUGUGUGCUAUGCUUUUGUGUUCUCUGCACUGAUCGAGUUUGCCACAGUCAACUAUUUUACAAAGAGAGGCUGGGCAUGGGAUGGCAAGAAAGCCUUGGAAGCAGCCAAGAUCAAGAAAAAGGAGCGUGAACUCAUAUUGAAUAAGUCCACAAAUGCUUUUACCACUGGGAAGAUGACCCACCCCCCCAACAUCCCAAAGGAGCAGACCCCAGCAGGAACCUCAAAUGCAUCUUCAGCCUCAGCAAAACCAUCUGAAGAGAAGACCUCUGAAAGCAAAAAGACUUACAACAGCAUCAGCAAGAUUGACAAGAUGUCCCGAAUUGUAUUCCCAGUCUUGUUCGGCACUUUCAACCUAGUUUACUGGGCAACAUAUUUGAAUAGGGAGCCGGUGAUUAAAGGGGCUGCCUCUCCAAAAUAAUCCACCACACUCCCAAACUCCAAGAGAGCCAUACUUCCAGCGAAAUGGUACCCGGGAGAGGGUGAGCUCAGACAGACUCUUCAUAUUUGAACACUAUCUUUCAGGAAAUUUUUGCAUGUUUAAUAAUAUGUACAAAUAAUAUUGCCUUGAUGUUUCUAUAUGUAACUUCAGAUGUUUCAAAGAUGUCAUUGAUAAAUAAAGCAAACAACUUUCUAGAAAAAGAGGAGACAUUGACUCUGAUACUCAGACGCUCAGUAUCUUAAAUUGAUAGUUUACAAACAAGAUAAGUCUAUUUUUAACUGUUCCAAGUGUUACCUACCGAUUUUUUUAUACUUCAAAUGUCAUUUCAUACAAAUUUUCCCAGCAAAUAAAUAUUUUAGGAAAUGCUCCAUGAUUAUUACUUGACCAACAAUUGCAAGAAACAAAGAUCACAAAGAGCACAUUUUUCAUUAAAAAGAAACUCUGGACAUUGAUGUUCAGAAUUAAUUGCCUUUGAUAAUUCUUAUUGUACUGAAAUUAGAAAAGUACUGCAUGAUCUAUGUUAAAAAGUAGAGUAGGCAAAAACUGAUGCAGACAAAUUUUAAUAACAGAAAUACAUAGUAUGUUAGAUUAACAGGUAAAAUAUUUCUGAGAGGGAAAAAUUAACUGCUUAAAAUUAUUUUAGGUUGUUUUGGAAAAGGAAAUUAUUUCUCACCUCACCCCAUACUCCCUACUAGCCAAAUAAUGACCAAGAAAGAAAGGGAGAUGUUAAAGCAAAGAGUACUUUGAUGAUGUUCUUGGCCAUUGGCCCCAGAGGUCACUGUCUCCAAAACAUUGACACCUCUCUUUCGCUGCCGCCAGCGUGUAGUGCUUCAGUGGUGAGAAUGUGUAAUUGAGUUAUUUUCCGUUUUAUUUCGUUGUAUGUAUUUCAUGAUUGACUUAUUGCUCUGUUAGCUUUUGUAUAUGAAUCUUAAAUGUUCAUUAAAAAAUAAAAAAUUAACUGA